AUGAACCAAAAAACGAAAGACCAGAGCGAAAAGGAAGGAACAUACACUUUGGCUUAUGCAUUAUUUGAAAACACCCUAAACAAUCUGCUUCUCUCAAUUAAACAUCGUCGACUUAUCAUUGAUGAAACAGAAAGCCACGAACUAAUCAGUGCACUAGCUCCUCAUGUAGGUCUUUUAACAGUAAACACAUGGGAUGAUAUUGAUUUACAUAAAUUUCGUAACUUAUAUUCAUUAAAAUUGGCUCGACCAACACAAAUACAAUUAAAACAAAUUCGAGCUGAUACCAUGCCAAAUUUGACAUAUCUUUCAUUAUCACCAAAUGUAUAUUUCUCUGCUCCUAAACAACUUAUCAGUGAUGCAUUUUCAGGGGAAUUUCGUCAUCUUCGUUGGGCUCGAUUCGGUCAUAUCGAUUCUUACGAUCCUCUAUGCCGCUUUCAAUCAUUGUCUCUUCGUUAUCUUCAUAUCGGUUGUUAUCAUACAACUCUAAUUCCUUUUGUUCUAGCGACAUGUCCAAAUUUGCAGCAACUCAAUGUUGAUUGUUUGCGUUCUGGAGACAAAACCAUGUAUUCACCAGCAAUGAUUGAUAAUCAUCUGCUUCAACAAAUCAUCGGACCGAUUUGA